AUGCUGGCAAACAUCCUUGACCAGGUCAUUAAGACCUACGGCAAGGAAUUUCUGGGAGACUGGGACCCUAUCAACAACUUCAGGAUUGACUCGCUGACGGAUCCUGAAAUUCAUCUAACCAACAUUCCCUUCCCACAGCAGUUGUUUGAACUCGCCGAAAUACCCUUUGCUGUGGAUUAUUCCAACAUAGCCAAGGUCCGGGCAAAGUUUUCUUGGCAGACAUUCUUUGGAACGCCAGGAACAUAUCCCUUUGCCAUUGAAGCAGAAGAUCUUGAAAUUCGGAUCCGCCUGCUGUACCCGAGCGAAUGGAGCAGCGAAUUUUGGCGCGACAAGAUCUUGAAGUCGAAGCUGAAGCGGACUGUUUUGUGGGAGCGGUUUGCCUCUUUACUGGGAUCGGCCCAAGGAGACAGAUCGUCAGUUGCGCAGACCCUAGAGCCAAGAAUUGUUAACUCCUUGUCCAUUCGAGUCCGCAACAUUCAUCUGCAUAUUGUUGAUGACAACUUGGGAGCCACUCCGUGGGCGUUCGAGUGCCAUGUUGAUGAGUUCUGCAUCGACUCCCCCAAACGGGGAGAUCCCCGUAUAUCUGAAAUGGAAGCCACAGGGCUGGAGCAGUGCCUUUUGAUGGGCCUGUGGAUGCGGUUCUUGGGACUGCACAUUUGGUACAGGGAAUUUCCAAAGCCCCAACUCAAGGGCAAAGCAGGGGUUUCUGUCAAUAUUGACAGA